ACCCAAACGCCCAUUUCCUCUUUCUUCACAAUAGAUCUCAUCGGCGUCGACUCUUGCCAUCAUGACUUCCUGGAGUAACCGCGAUAUAACCAACAAUCACCUCUUGCCAUACGUGGACUCCGCCACGGCUCCGGAGGAGGUCGGCGCAGCCCUGAAAACACUUCCCUUCGAGCGCAACAUCUUCAAGGUAGAUUCUCAAAUCUGUCCAUGAUCUUCUGAAACGAUAGGGCAAUGCACUAACAGCCGAUCUCCAGCUGGUCGCCAAUGCGCCCACCUUUUUCCCAACCUUCAUGAAACUUUUGACCUGUGCCUGGUCGCCCCAGCGCAGCUUGCGCUCGAAGGACUGGCAACUGGUCGUCUUGCGCACCGCGUCCCUGCUCGAUGCUCCAUACGAGUGGGACGUCAAUGAGCCCGUGGCCCGGGUCUUCGGGUACACCGACGCACACCUGGCGGGCCUCCGCUCCGGGGACUUGAGCUCGACGGAGCUCUUCUCUGAUCGCCAGCGACUGAUCAGUGCGGUGGUGGAGGAUCUUUGUCUGCGCAAUCGGGUGAACCAGGACACGGUGCUCAAAGCCAAGCAGGUCCUUGGGGAUGAGGCUUUGAUGGACCUGUUUUACACUCAGGCGAUCUACGCGUUUCUCGCCCGCACCAUGAACAGCUGCUUGAUUGACUUUGAUGCGCCGAUUCCGGGACUGGAGGAUAUGCUCCGGCAGUACAACGCAGCGAUUAUCGAACGCGAAAGUGCCUCUUCAAGAAUACCAUAUGUUUAUCCCCUGGUACACAUCCACAUGGGAAAAUCCAGUAUGUCGUGGGACGGUUGCGAUCGCAAGUCAAGCCUUUCAAGCGUCCCAAAAUACAUCGGUCGCCUCGUUGCAAACCGAAAACACGACUUUUCCUAUUCGGUCAAAGCCGAAGUCAAUACUGAUGACCAGAAUCUGCAAGAUGGUGGGGAAUCUGGAGAACCUCCGUGACUCGAGUUCGUGUCUAUUUGAAAUUGUUGUCUAUACUCGAGUUCACCGUGUCGCAGGCCAAGAACGUUGUACGCUAGUUUAGCUAGUGCCCGCUGAACAAUAGCCAUUCAGGGUUAAGC